AUGGUCUCAUUCAUCUGUGGAUUUGAGCCUGUGGGAGGAAAGACCGUGAUCACCCUCCUCACUGUCCUGUUUUGCGUUGUAACACUCCCCCCACCCAUCCUUUGGGCUGAGCCAGGUUCUAUCAUCUCUUGGGGGAAAUCUGUGACCAUCUUGUGCCAAGGAAUCCUCCAGGCCCAGGAGUACUACUUGAAUAAAGAAGGAAGGGCAUCACGCUUGUAUAGACAGACCCUAAUGGAGCCUGGGGGCAAGGCCAUGUUUCCCAUCAGAUUCAUUACAGAGCUCCAUGCAGGACGAUAUCACUGUUACUAUGAGAGCCCUGCUGGUUCUUCAGAGCACAGUGACAUUCUGGAGCUGGUGGUGAUAGGUUUCUAUAGUAAACCCAGCCUGUCAGCCCUGCCCAGUCCCGUUGUGACCCCAGGAGGGAAUGUAACCUUUCAGUGUGUCUCAUGGUUGGGAUUUGGCACCUUCAUUCUGACUGAGGAGGGACAAACCAAUCUCUCCUGGACUCAACAGUCACAGAGACAUCCAAAUGGGCACCUGCAGGCCCUUUUUCCUGGGGGCCCCCCACGCCCCAGCCACAGGCGGAAAUUCAGGUGUUAUGGGUAUGCCACUAGCAAUGCCCAAGUAUGGUCAGUAUCCAGUGACCCCCUGGAGCUCAUAAUCUCAG